CGGGCAGCUUCCUGCCGCUGAGGAGGGGCCGGGAGGGGUGGGUUCGGUUCGGCUGCUGCGGGACCGCGGCGGACCCCGCUCCCGGCAUCUUGAAGCAUAGGGUGAAGGUUUCUCCUCACGGUGCAUGGACGGAAAGCCAAUGCGCAGGGGGACCAGUGCUCGCCCAGGAGAGACCGGGAUGGACGUGACCAGCCGCUGCACCCUCGGAGACCCCAACAAGCUGCCCGAGGGGGUGCCCCAGCCUGCUCGCAUGCCCUACAUCUCUGACAAGCACCCCAGGCAGACCCUGGAAGUCAUCAACCUCCUGAGGAAGCACCGGGAGCUGUGUGAUGUGGUGCUGGUGGUGGGUGCUAAGAAGAUCUACGCCCACAGGGUGAUCCUCUCGGCCUGCAGCCCCUACUUCAGGGCCAUGUUCACCGGGGAGCUGGCGGAGAGCAGGCAGACGGAGGUGGUGAUCAGAGACAUCGACGAGCGGGCCAUGGAGCUGCUGAUUGACUUUGCUUACACCUCUCAGAUCACGGUGGAAGAGGGCAAUGUCCAGACCUUGCUGCCAGCAGCUUGCCUCCUCCAGCUGGCCGAGAUCCAGGAGGCCUGCUGCGAGUUCCUCAAGAGGCAGCUGGACCCUUCCAAUUGCCUGGGCAUCCGGGCGUUUGCCGACACUCACUCCUGCAGGGAGCUGCUGAGGAUUGCUGACAAGUUCACACAGCACAACUUCCAGGAGGUAAUGGAGAGUGAGGAGUUCAUGCUGCUCCCUGCCAACCAGCUCAUAGACAUCAUCUCCAGUGACGAGCUGAACGUGCGCAGCGAGGAGCAGGUGUUCAAUGCAGUGAUGGCCUGGGUGAAGUACAGCAUCCAGGAGAGGAGACCCCAGCUGCCACAGGUCCUGCAGCACGUCCGGCUGCCACUCCUGAGCCCCAAGUUUCUGGUGGGGACAGUGGGCUCUGACCCCCUCAUCAAGAGUGACGAGGAAUGCCGGGAUCUGGUAGAUGAAGCUAAAAAUUACCUGCUCUUGCCCCAAGAGCGGCCGCUGAUGCAAGGACCAAGAACUCGGCCACGCAAACCGAUCCGCUGCGGGGAGGUGCUCUUUGCAGUGGGGGGCUGGUGCAGUGGGGAUGCCAUCUCCAGCGUGGAGCGCUACGACCCGCAGACCAACGAGUGGCGGAUGGUGGCUUCCAUGAGCAAGCGGCGUUGCGGGGUCGGGGUCAGUGUCCUGGAUGAUCUCCUCUAUGCUGUGGGGGGACACGACGGUUCCUCCUACCUGAACAGCGUGGAGAGGUACGAUCCAAAGACAAAUCAGUGGAGCAGUGAUGUGGCCCCCACCAGUACCUGCAGGACCAGUGUUGGAGUAGCAGUUCUUGGGGGCUACCUCUAUGCUGUGGGUGGCCAGGAUGGUGUCUCCUGUCUCAACAUUGUGGAAAGGUAUGAUCCCAAAGAAAACAAAUGGACUCGAGUGGCUUCCAUGAGCACCAGGCGCCUGGGAGUUGCAGUGGCUGUGCUGGGGGGCUUCCUCUAUGCUGUGGGGGGCUCUGAUGGGACAUCUCCUCUCAAUACUGUGGAGCGCUACAACCCCCAGGACAACCGCUGGCACACGAUUGCACCCAUGGGGACCAGGAGGAAGCACCUGGGCUGUGCAGUGUACCAGGACAUGAUCUAUGCUGUGGGGGGCAGAGAUGAUACCACAGAGCUCAGCAGUGCUGAGAGGUACAACCCUAGAACCAACCAGUGGUCUCCUGUCGUGGCCAUGACGUCCCGGCGCAGCGGGGUUGGCCUGGCAGUGGUCAAUGGGCAGCUGAUGGCAGUGGGGGGCUUUGAUGGCACAACGUACCUGAAGACCAUUGAGGUGUUUGAUCCAGAUGCCAACACAUGGAGGUUGUAUGGGGGGAUGAACUACCGGCGGCUGGGAGGAGGAGUUGGGGUGAUCAAAAUGACACACUGUGAGUCUCAUAUAUGGUAAGCUUCCCCGGGGAGGCAGGAAGAGCCCUGGCUUCUCCUUCCCAGACCAACUGAAGAGACUUGGUGACACUGGAGCUCUUGGCAGCCCCAGUAUGCACGGGCUAGAUCCCAUGUAACCCUUUGCUGGUGACUCUUUCUAUGGAAUGACAAAAAUGACUCUGGUCAGAGUGUGCCCAACGGGAGACCACGUUGCCAGACUCCAGGGAGCCACUGGACAGAAGUUAGGAAUGUUGCUUACGUCCGUAUUUUUUUCUAAAUAGUCUACAUUUUUGAAUCAACCAAACUGUAAAAGUUACUGUAGCUUAAACAAUGCCAAUGUGGAGACUACACACUAUUCUGGGAGCCUGGCAAGGAGGAGGAUUUCCUGCUUCCCAGCCUGCUGUGUGAACGGGGGAUGUGGCAGCUGUGUGGUGGGCAAAAAAGGAAAGUGAUACAGAAAACAUUGCUUUUGCCUUAUUUACAGAGAGCUUCUAAAAAAGUACUUGACCUGCAAGGUGCCACCUUUGCACAGAAGCUUUUCUGUGCACAGAGUAUAUUUAUUUUUUCAUUUAAUUUGUAUCAUGUGUUUUCUUUGUAUCGCUCACGGCGAGAAUUCCAGCUUUUUAUGUACAUAUGUAUGUGUGCAUAUAUAUAUAUGUAUUUUAAUAUAUAUAUAUAUAUGUAUAUGUGACUGUGUGAGUGGAGUCUUGAGAAGCUGGUGGGCAGGGCAGGGCUGUGUCCUGCCAGCUGCUGUGGUUCCAACCCUUGUGGUAUGUUUUAGGAUCUCUUGAGAGUGCAGGAAAGCUCUGAGGAUGGGUGCCCUGAGUGUCCUUCCAGUCUUGCUGGAGGCAAGAAGCAGAACUGGAGCUCUCAGCUCCCGACUGAAUCAGUGAAGUGCCCCAAAAGGGUGAGAGUGACAAGGAUUUCAAACGAUGCCUUUUGACUGUAUGGUGUAGGGUACAAAAGUUCAGCUUUUGUCUCUCCCCUUCCCCCUGGAUGUGAACCUAGGAGCAAAGAGCUGCUGCUGACUUACAGAACCCUUCUUCUCACCUUGCCUGCUAGAUAGCAGCCCUUGCCUGAAGCUGGGAUGCAGGUUAUCAGCUGUUAAUUCUGACCAGCCUAGGUCCAGUGCUCACUUCUCAGGUUCUUGCUGGAAUGGCAAACCCACAGUCAGCUCCUGCUGGCCACCAGCAUCAUCUUGCAGCUCCCUCCUGCCUCUCAUCUCUGUCUGCAGAAUUCCUGUUGUAAAACACUGACUGUGGUGAGGUGGUUCCUCUCCCUUGUGGUGGUUGUUCUGCACUUCACCUGUGUUGGUUUAGAGCAGGUAUGAGACUCAGGAAAGAGUUGGGAGAGGGGAGGGACUGCUUGCUGGCACUGUGAGAAACUGUCGUGUUUCAGUGGCUGCUGGAGGAGAGGAGGAGGAACUCUAAACUCAAAGGUUCUGAUAUGUUGGUACUGUAAUUCCUAUGAGUAUGAAAGAAUGACCUUUUGCACCUGAUACAGUGUUGGACCUUACUAAAUCUGAUUCUGGAAGAGUAAGAGUCCUGUAAAUUCCAGAGACGAAGAAGGCAGCAUUGACAUCUGAAGUUCUUUUAACUUCAUCUGAUUCAUGUAGCUCAGAUUUUAAUGUGCUUGAAUAUAGUAAAAAUUACAAUCCAGUAAUAAAUGGGUCAUUAAAACUUUUUUAAAAGCUCCUUUUCCCCUAAAGGUUGGUAUUCUUGUGUUUACAUACAAAGAUCAUUUGCACCUUUACAAGGAAAACAAGUAUUCUGUAAACAAAUGUUUACAUGUAUCAUUUAUGCUUUUUUCUAGCAUGAGUAACUUGUAUAAAUAGUGCUAUCUUAAUAAAUUUCUUCUAUGCUG